AUGAACCGACCGCGCAUGAACCGUCCCACAGCCCUCCUCGAACCAUCCGUCAUGUCCGCAGUCGGCUCGGCUUCCCUGCCCGCCGGGCCAUGCAUGGAUCGAUGUGAAGACGAUGGCACAUCCGAUGCCCAAGCGCUGGUGCAUGAUGCCGGAGCCGACUCGUCGCCCCCCCCUCUGCGCGACCUCGGUGUUCCCCCAACCCAUCUUGAGCCUCCACUGCCGCUCGGCCAACCCAUAAAGUGCGGCCAAGAGGAGGAAGAAAGCGAGUGCGACAUCGCCGGCAUGUCGUUCAUCGACGAAAGCAACGCCGGGCUGCUCGUCCUGUCGGAGGAGGACCGCCAACGACGGGACGGAGCCCGAUAUACCACUAUGCGACGUGGCGGCCAGCCUAACGACGCCGGCCCUUCCGGGCACACCGACGCAACCUCCACCACCUCGACGCACCCCUCGCCGACUUCUCGUGCAAAACGAACACCUCUCAAGAUCUCGACCGCUGCAGCGGCCUCCCGAUUCUCAUUCAUCACAUCCUCCAUGUCGGCCCUGAAGGGGUUGGCAUCCCCCGUCUCCAAGCGUCGAGAUGGCGACCAUCUUCUCCACCUCGACAUCGAAGCCGCCCUCUUCCCGUCGGGCCCCGCCGUCGAGGAUGACGCCCUCUCGCCGGCGGCCUUUCGGAACUUUCAAUCGAGCGCCGUCUCCCUGCUGCACCAGUUCCAGUCCGUCUAUCAGGAGCAGGUCCGGGAGUUCAAGGCCGAGCGGGAGGUCCAGUACGAGGACAAGUUUGAGGCCGAGACGCGCAACCAACACUUGAAGAUGCAGCUCGAGCGCAUGGCCCAAACGGCGACGGAGAACGAAGCGGCCAUGCAGGCCCUCACCGAGGAGCUUCGUGCCAUCAAGAAGCUUCGCAUGGAGGAGCAAGCGGCGAGGGAGAGGGACGAGCCGUCGUCGGCCCUGCCGUCCACCCUCGAGGCCGCCGUGCCGUCCACCAUGUCGUCCACCAUGUCGGUGUCCGAGGACCUCGGCGUCGACGACGACCGGCGGCGAAGCGAUAGGAGGAGGAGCAGCGACACGACCAAGUCGGAUUUGAGCUCCGACAUGGACGAGGAUAGCAUCGAGGGAGGGAGCGUCUUCUCCAGAUCCCGCAGCCCCACCGUCGAAGCCAGCGUCUCGGAUGUCGGCUUCGUCGACAACACGCCGCCGCUUCCGCCCUUGCCCACCGAACGGUCGACGCCGAGCCCGUGCGAACCGUCGAAGCAGGCACAGCCGCCCAUCUCGGCCUUCCAAAAGCUGUUCAAGCGCAAGCCUGGCGAGCCCAGACGGUCCGACUAUGAAGGUGGCCGCGCGAGCUGCGGCAACUGCCAUGGCCAGGAUGCCAGCGUCGCGUGGGACACCGUCGGCGUUCUGCGAGUCGAGAAUAGGAUUCUGAAGCAGAGAGUCACCGAGCUGGAGUCGGUGGUGGAGGAAGCCUUGGAUGCCGUCAACGGCGUCGGCCUUUGA